AUGAGAUCAGGCAAAGCACGUAAGAAGUGGAAAUCCAGACUACGAACAAAACACAGUCUGUCCUUAUCGUGGGGCUGGAAACAAAGAUCAGCGAGCCGGUUGCACAAAGGGGAAGUCACGAGCACCGUUCUUUCCAGAGACGGCUCUUUUGUAUUCACGACCAGCAAGGACAGCUCACUGAAGAUGCCUUCGACCAAAGGUGUGACGCCGUUCCACAGAGUGCCACGUCAGUAUCAAGAGCACGCCCGUGUCGCUCGUGCAGCGACGUCGCGGGACAAGCAUGACCUGCUGAACGUCAUAGACUGUCCUGGCCACAUUUAUGCCGAGAUGUACCCUGGUGUUCCAUCAGCGACUUUGGCAGCGCAGUUUUGGGGAGACAAGUACUACAAUCCGCAGACGAGGACGUUUACGAAGAAGUCGCCCUAUCCUGGCGCAUUGAGCUCGCUGCAUCACUACGGGCCGUGGAAAUACGGUUGA